CAGUCUGAGGACUACCACACACCACUGGAAGGCCACACUCUUAGGAAACCACAAGAUGUCAGGACCGAAACAGACAGUAACGGCCUUCUCCACCACUCUGGUUGCAAUGCUGCUCAUCCUCUCCACAGUGACCCGGUCAGCAGUAACUUCAGACAACCUUCGACCAACACAAUGGACCCUCAGCCUGGACCUUGCAGAGCCCACGAACACUAUACUACCUGUAAAUGGGAGUCAUGUGGAGGAGCCUCGUGUUCUGAGGAUGUCAAAACCCUGUACAGACGAAGAUGCUGACUACUGCCUGAACGGACGGUGCAUGUACCCACCUGACAGCGAUACCCCUGCCUGCACGUGUGACGCGUCCUAUAGCGGCCCUCGCUGUGGUCUGUUGACCCACCAGACGGCGCUGUGCAAGUUUUCCACAACAGAGGAGGUGAUUGGCAUCUGUGUGGGCGUGGCCUUGCUUGUCUGCUGCCUCGCUGCCGUUCUCUACUGCUGCAUCAAGAGAAGGUGUGACAAAAAAUAUCUUCCCUAUAAGACCUAUGGUGGCUCGGAGAACUCAGUUUAGUUUGAUCCCUCUGUUUCUUUGUCAUCACCAACAUCACCAUCAUCAUCAUCAUCAUCAUCAUCAUCAUCACCACAAUGUCUUCCCAUAACAAAUUAAGGCUAUUUAUUGAAAUAUCUAAAAAAAAUAAGUUAUUUUUUUUUAAA